GAAAGGUGAGAGGUUGUACUGUGGGAAGGUUAUUCAUUGAGGUUUCACCACAGAAUAAAUGUAGUUAUUGCUCAGUGCUUUUCUGGGAUUCCAGACAAAUCUGCAGCUCAGGUUUGAUUUGUUCCCAGUUUGUUUAUUACGGGGCGAGUUUGAGACGUGAAGAGGAGCGUCGAGGCAUUCCUGAAAAUAAUGAAGAAGGCAGGAGCUGAUGAGAGACUUCCUGUUAGCCUCAAUAUUAAAUGAACUCCAACAAUCAAUUGCUCUUAAAGCUUUUCUUAACAAGAAAGAUCUGUCUCCAUAAUUCUGCUAAAGUCUCAUCAGAUUUAGGAUCCAGAUUUCUCACAUUGAAGGAAUUGUCUUUGGUGAAUCGUCACAAAGAGAAGAAACCGGAAAUACAUUAAAAAAUGAAGAAAUAUAUGUGAUUAUAUAUCGGUUCUGUGAUCAAUGUCUCACGCUCUGCUGUGAUUGGCUGGUACUGCUGUCACAUGGUUACUCUUUAAUAAUAUCAGUUGAAAAAGCCCGUCUACAAUCUACUGGUGGUUUUAUAACAUACGUAUUUCCCUGUUCAUCUUUCAGGUCCGGGGGGCUACCUGUUGACCCUUGUCCAUCUCAAUAAGGGUCUGCAGGCAGCCCAUAAUCCUGUGUUUGGGGGGGAAGAUGUUCUCCCUGUAGCGGUCUGACUGUAUAACCGUCAUGGCCCCCGGUAGACCCACUCACAUACAACAAUACAACGUGGAAUACCAAUUAUGUGCAAUAUAUAUAUACACCCUUAGUAACUGUGCAAUAUAUACCAAUCUGUGUUUGUGUACUUUUUGUAUAUGCCCUUGUAUCUUGGUGUGAUCUUCAGCUGUCUUUGGCUCUCUGCUGUAACUAAUGAACAUUUCCCCUGUGGGACGAAUAAAGGGACUCUGAUUCUGAUCAAAGCUCUGGGUUCUCUCUGAGACGCUCUCACAGUCUUUGAGGACAAAGCCAGGGAAAGAAGAAGAAGAGAUUUCUUUGUGUUGCUCACCCCAGGUUCAUUAAUGUCCAGUUGUUGCGACCCCCUCCUCUCCACUAGGGGUCCCUGCUUUGGGUGUUCUGCUGGCUGGCUCACCUUUGUGUUUCAGAUGAGCAACCUGAUGAGCACACCUGGGCCAUCCCAUGCUGCUGGCACUCUUCUGUUGGACACGCAUGCUUUUGCACUCAUUUACACACACACACACACACACACACACACACACACACACACACACACACACACACACACACACACACACACACACACACACACACACAUUACUGAUGACUGACUUCCUUGUUUGCUUAGGUUUGUUUAACGUCCUUUUGUGUUUGUUAUACCUUAAAUAAAUACACCUUUUGGUACAUUUAACUUGGUCUCCCAUCUUAGUUGCAGCCUAUGAGCCGGGCCGUAACACCAAUCAGAUGUCUCCUUUGAUUAAAACCCUUCUGAAAGGAGCUCUGCCUGGCGUCCUUGAAACUGGGCUGAAGGUGUGUGUGUAGUCUUCCUGGGAUCAGGUGUUGGACCUUUAACAUGUGUUGGGAUGUCUGUAAAUGAAAUGCAGGAACAGCUGUGCAGAGAGGGGGCUCUCUUUGCUGUCUGGUGACGGGGGUCUGUGUGCAGGUGAAGAACUGACCCUGGGUCAGCAGGGGCCCUGCAGGGGACAUGCUCUAGAUGUCCUGCUGAUGUGGGGACACCUCGUACAGGAAAGACUUUCAUGGUGUCUCUGUUCUCCUUUAUAAGAUGGAGAACUACGCUAAAGCUCGGACGCUGGAGCAGCCGUCCGUCUGUCCCUUCCCCGGCCUCCCCCCCGACACGCCAGAGGUCCGUGUCAAAGACGGCAGCAAGAUUCGCAAUCUGCUGCGCUAUGCCCAGAGCCGCAUGGAGGCCAAACCCCGAGCGGGGGCGGCAGCGGAGGAGGGGCGACCCGAACCCGAGGAUGGAGGCGUGGAAGCUGGGGGACGACAGGAAGGACGACAGGAAGCUCCGGGACGACAGGAAGCUCCAGGACGACAGGAAGGACAACAGGAAGCUCCGGGACGACAGGAAGGACGACAGGAAGGACGACAGGAAGGACGACAGAAAGCUCCAGGACGUAAGGAAGCUUCCAGACGGCCGCUCUGCUCACACAUCGUCUUCACAUCAAGUGGAAAGGGCGUGUCCAAAGCCAUCACCUGCGCAGAGAUCCUGAAGCGGCGGUUGGGGGGGCUGCACCAGCUGACCCGGCUGGCGUUCGACUCCCUGCAGGAGGUGUGGGAGCCUCUGGAGCCUGGCGCCGGCCUGGACCCCCUCACCGUCAGCAGGAAGCUGCCCACCCUCUGGAUCCUGCUCUCCAGAGAUCCGCUGGACUGCAGCCUGCCCGGGUACCAGGCGCCCGGACGCUACGACGCCCUGUGGGCUCCGGAGGGCGAGGGGCUGAGCGGACAAAAGCAGGGACACAAGAGGAAGAAGGGAGGAGGGGGAGGGGGCAGAGGGAGGGGCUCCGGGCGUCAGACUGGGCGCUCGUAGAGGAAGCGGAGGGAUUUUUUUAUAUUUGACGGCAGCCAGUGCCUUUAUAGUUUAGAAACAGGGGAGAGGACAUGCGGGACCAGCCCCCCCAGUACGUUGAGCUGCAGCGCCCCAGAGUUAAUCUCUAGCAGACUGAUCUCGAUAUGAGCGAUGACGAUCACUGAGCGGCCAUCUUUGAAUUAAUUGUUGAAUCUUUGGAUCGAACUCUCAGAUCUGAUUUAAAUGAAAUAUUUCUCAUUUACUCAAAGCCCCAGGAAGGAGUUCCAAAAUGUUGACCCCAUGUAAUAAAACGAGUGCCUAAGAGACCCGAUUUAAAAUUGACCCAAGAUUAAAUUCACUGAAAUGAAUAACAACAAGACCUACAACACAAGUCAGUGGCCAGAACAUGAACACAGGAACGUCUCUAAUCUGCAGCCUCUUUGAUCUGGAGAGUUUCUGCCUUUUAUCUCGUAUUAAGGGAAGAUCUUUGGACUGAACACAUCCCCUGCCGCUCUGAGACUCUGGGAUGGAUAUGUGUCACUAUUUUCUGUCAUUUAUUUAUAUGAACAGUAUCUUUAGUUCACUAAUGUGGUUAAAAAGGUCUCAAGACAACUUGUUCAGGAAUUAAAUCUAAUUUCAUCAAAGAU